UUUUUUAUUGACAGAUGUCAAUCUGACAUAACCAUAACCUUAAUUUGUCUAAUAGUCAUGGGGCUGUUUUUUGUUAAUAAUUCUCGUUAAUUAUAGUAGAACGAUUUUGUUAUAGAAAAUGCAGUUUUCUCAAGCUGGUGUGGCCGAUGUCUUGCGUUGUGCCCAACGGGACGAAAAUUUCGUUCGGGAAAUGCAAGACAAUGUCCAGGCUAUUUUGAAAUUAUUUGGGACUAGAUACUACCACAGUAGUCAAAGGAUCAUCCCAGCGUUAACCAACGCCUGGUAUUAUUUCAUGACAACUCUAGGUAACUUACAAACAUUAGGGGAAGAAUAUACAGGAACGUUGAGAUUCAGUCAGGACAAUACAAUUCCAUCUAAAACAGCCGAAUUGCUUUGGUUGUUGUUGUAUAUUGGGGGAGAACCAAUGUAUGAUAGAUUGAUAAAUUCCUUACUUCACAAAGUUAAACAUUCGAGUGAAUUAACCGAACAAGCAAAGACACUUUUAAUAAAAAUUUUAACUUUUCUCCAAGAACAAAAACCAACUUUGAAGAGAAUACAUCAUUCGCUUUUUUACAUUGGGGGGAAGUAUUACAACAUCUCAAACAGGAUAUUAGCAAUCAAAUAUGUGUUGGUAAGAGAAUGGCUAAGAGACGAUACUUUCACUCAAAGCUUUAAAUUACUGGGACACUUAUCUUUAUUUUAUAUACUUUUUAAUUUAAUUCAACAAUUAUGGUCUUCCAAAAACAACGGUAAUGUUGCCGAGAAUUUAAUUAGCGAAGUUGAUACUUCAAAAAAAGGGUGUGUCUUAUGUGCAGAAAAUAGGAAAAAUCCGUGUGCAACCCCCUGUGGGCACAUAUUUUGUUGGGACUGUAUUUGUGAUAGCUUGAAAUAUCAACAUGUGUGUCCCAUUUGCCGGGAAGUUGUUUUGCCAAGUCGAAUUAUUUUGUUACAGAAUUAUUUCUAAAUAAAAUUGUUAAUUAA